GUCUCGCAUCAUUGUGGCCUGUCAGAUAUUGCACAAUCUAUCGAGGACUACCAGCAAAACAUGCCAUACUUUGUCCAUCUCUUUGUUGAUAUAAAUAUAAACGAGUGUGUAGUUGGGGAGCACAAUUGCAGUGGAACCCACGGUGUAUGUAGUGAUGUGGUUGGAGGUAGGGACAGCUUCCAGUGCAGCUGUCUGCCUAGAUAUAGUGGGAAUGGUGUGGAU